AUGCCAUCCAGGACUUUCACUGGACCUGAAACAGUCCCUCCUUCAUCUACCUCGUUCAUUUCUAAUGUGGCAGCCAUGAAAAGUCUCUCAUUCUCCUCAGAAGUCUAUGUUGAGAUACUUGUUGGAUGUGUUGUCUUCAUACUGGCAAGUUCUUGGAGAAAAAUCCGCAACAUGGUUCACUGGUCACCCUUUGUCCAAUCCUUCAAGAAGAAAUAUCCCUGGGUUCAAUUAGCGGGUCAUCAAGGUAACUUUAAAGCUGGUGAAUAUGGUACAAUCCUCAAGAAAUACUGCCCUAAGGAACAGACUGCGUUGAGUUCAUUAAUGUCAGACGUUCUAAGACCGUAUAUACCAGAAUACAAAGGAAUUGUAGAGAGGAAUUCAGAAAAAUAUGUUCAGAUGCAAGAUCUUCUAGGUGAAUUUGACAACCCCUCUGUCAUGGACUGCAAGAUGGGAACGAGAACAUAUCUGGAAGAAGAACUCAUGAAAGCAAGGGAAAAGCCAAAACUCAGAAAGGACAUGUACCAGAAGAUGAUUGAGAUCGAUCCUAACGAGCCAACUGAAGAAGAGAACAAUAGACAAGCCGUCAUCAAACCACGCUACAUGCAAUGGAGGGAAUAUGUCAGCUCUUCGGCAACUCUAGGCUUUAGGAUAGAAGGCAUAAAGAAAGGCGAUGGUCACUCCAGUCGUGACUUCAAGACAACAAAGACGAGAGAUCAGAUUAGUGAGAGCUUCAACUUCUUCUUAGACGGUGAUUCAGAAGUCCAAGCUAGAUAUAUCAGAAGACUCAAGGCAAUCCGAGCAACGUUAGAAGCAUCACCAUUCUUUAGCAAUCACGAGGUCAUUGGCAGUUCGCUCCUGUUUGUUCACGAUAGGACGGGCAAAGCGUGCGUUUGGAUGAUUGACUUCGGAAAGACCACACCCCUCCCUGACAACUGCACGAACGACCACCGGACGCCAUGGGUGGAGGGCAAUCAUGAGGAUGGUUAUCUCUAUGGUCUUGAUCAGAUGAUCCAAGUCUGGACUGAUUUACAACCCACCAAACCAGCGUCAUAGUCCAUGCUGCCCUCUAUAGUUGUAGUGUGGUGUAAUGUUGAACUGAUUACAGUCAGCUGAAGAAAGAAAGAGAGAGAGGGAUAGCGAUGGAUGCGAUCCUUCCUGCUCAACAUCAUAUAAAAUCAUUCCAUGAGAAGACGACAAUGAUGGCAUCGAAGGAGAUUAAAUCAUCCAACACAUUGCAGACAGCAUUCAGCAUUAUGGGAUGUUGACAAAAACGUGAACGACAUGGAAUUUGAGUUUCUUCUUCAUCAUUAGUUAAGUGUCAAACUGAAUCUCAGGAUUAGAGAUGGCGAAGAGGAAUUAAGUUUCUCCUUUUUUUAUUUGCCAAGAGUUAUAUGCAGGAAUAUAUAUCUAACCAUUUCCCAAAGGCUUUGUACAGAGAUUGCCCAAAUCUGUUAAGCAGUGGGUUAACCUUUCGACAACUAAAGCCUGUAAUUUCCAUAGGCUUUGUACAAAGAUCACCCAGUUCCAGUAAGCAAAGGGUUAACCAUUGUAAGAAUUAAUAAACAGCACCCUUAUCAUUGUCCAAUGUUCACAUGCAACCCUGAAGAUAAUCUUUAGAGGUUGUUAUAAGGUGCUUAUAUCUGCCUCUUCUCCAGAUCUAAGAUUUUAUGUGGUGAGAUUUGUCAGAGGACCUUUUUGUUAAGUUGAACGACAUUUAUUAGGUUAUUUUAGUCCGCACAAGGACUGAAAUGCAUAUCCUGCAAUGUAAUCUCACCUGCAUUACUUUUCUUAAGAGUGUUCACACUUAAAUCACAAAUCCUACUUCAGUAACUUCAAAGGGUUUCUUGAUCAAAUCUUUUUAAUUAACAGUUAAAGAUGGCCUCCUAUUUAAUGAAAUAAAUUCAAACACAGCGCUGUUCAACACUAACAUAUUAAACCAAUAUUUGUAAUCAAAUGUCAUUUUUGGUACAUGGUUUUCUAUAGACUUAUAAAUUACAUGUUAUAAAGCCAGGAAGUGAUUAAUCAAAGUUUGAAUGCAGAUAGUUUCAGUAACUUUAUAGUGACAUUUAUUUUAUUUAUUUGACUGAUGUCAUUUGUAUUACAUGAGAUCACAUUCAUUUUGUUUAGAUGGAAUUUUUUUAUUGAGCCCUUUGAUAUACCUCUUAUGGGAUUGAUUUGCCAAAAAUACUUCAGUGGCCUUUGAAUGUAAAGUGGCCUUUCCAAUUCAGAGUAAAACGUGAACUCAAUUUUUUUUUGUUGGGGGCGUGUGUUUCGCAAAAAUCAAGUCUUUUCUAAAAUCAAACUUAAAUUCCCACUUGCUUUGGCCAGAUCACUUUAUGGAAUGUGCUCUAGUGUGUAAUAAUCAAUGGAAUUAUACACAAGGUGACUUUUGGUCAAACUUAACCUUUGUGAAACAUCCCUAGGUCAUUCUGAUUCUAUUGCAGUCCUUCAGGCUGCAUGUGGUGUAUUCCCUCUUUCAAAUCUUGUUGUCUUUACUGUUUUGCAACUAUGCAAGAACCAAGUUCAGGAUAAAUGAUUUUUCUAAAUUCUAAAUUUGGAAGUCUUUGUACACAACAUGGAUGCUAAAGAGGGAGAGAUUGACGUCAUAAAUUCUUAAGUCGACUUGAAUGAUUUGAAUAUUGUUAACUGGAAAAGAAACCACUUCCUUAACAAUUAAAUUGAUAAAAAAAGAACAAUACUGUCAAUUUACCCUGACUGGGAGAGUUUCAUAAAAGAUGGCAGAUAUUAAUGAUGUAAAAUUGCCCUUCAAUUCCCGGGAAUGUGAGAUAUAUAUAACAUCACUGCAUAAGUCAUAUCAUUCUCAGGUGACCCAUGCUACUCUGUAUACAUCAAUGAGAAUACUCAUCAAAUGUAAUAUAUCCCAAUUGUCUCAUACUCCAUCUACUGGUGGUGACAGGUUUCUUGUUUACUAAUUCAUUUCAGUUUAUUCUUGCAAACUUAGUGGUAAGGUAUUAUAUUGUUACUACUUGUAAAUGAACUUGGGCAUCCACUAAGAUAUUACUUUAGUAAACCAGUAUAUUCAAAGCUUAUUUCAUUUUUUAGGGAUUUGAUACAAAUUCAAUAUUCAUUUUUCUAAGUAUUUAAAGGGGAAUCCAGCCUUGGCCAUAAAAUGUUGUGUUGGGAUGGAGAAAAAUAAAUUAAACAGAAUGCUAAAGGUUUGAAAGAAAUCGGACAAGCAAUAAGAAAGUUACAGCUGCUUUAAAUUUGAGAUCACUAAUAGUAUGUAGAUUUCAAAUUGGCAACUGGGUAAGUAAAUUAUGACAAGGGGCAAGGACAACUUUCCCAUAGGCCAUGUACUUUAUUAUCAGGGAUUUGUGGUUUUCUUUUAAGUACCCAUUCCCCUGGGGCAGUAAUCUGAAUAUUACCCAGGUAGUAUAUUGUUUAAUGUCCUCAUGAAAGAUAAAUGUAAUUUGAAAUAAAACUUUUGGGAAAAAUGACAUUUUAGCCAUAAUAUGUAUUGGAGUACAUGGAAGAGUAGUCCUUGCCUUACAUCACUAUGACAUCCCAUAUGUGGCCAAUUUGAAGUCUCCAUGAGUUUAGUGAUUACCAAUAUUUACAACUUUUAAAAAUUCAUAGCUUUCUUGUUGUUUGUCCAAUAUUGUUCAAACUUUCACCUAUCAACUAACCUGAUUUUUCUUUUUCUUAUAAAAAUAAGUUUUUAUUUGGGUUGGAUUCCCCUUUAAAGAUGGACAAACGGAAGAGAUCAGUUGUGUAUCACCUUUAAAAAAGAUCUCUGUUUAAUAUAUAACAUGGCUAGCUCAGAACAGUAAUGUAAUGUCUUAUCGUGCUAUUCUUUGGUACCAAAUUUUUAUGUUUAAUUUUUUUUUCUUAGUCAAUGCCUUAUUUAUAAAACUUGGGAUAUUUUUUUACCUUUCAAUGUAAAUUGACAUCAGAGGCUUCUUUAUGAUCUUUACCUGAAAAAAGGAGUUAUUUUGCCUGAUUUGAAUAUGUACCGAGCCUUCAGGCGCUUUUGCUGCAAUUCAUGUUCUUAUUAUAUGUUUACGCGAAUCACACUUCAAAUUCUGCCCCUCCCCUUCCUCCUCUCUCUCUCUCUAUCUCUCUGACCAUUCAUAAUUUUUAAGUAAUAAAAAUCUCAGUGUAAUUAUAUGAUUGUUUAUUAAUUGAAUUUGUAUAUAAUGAUAUUGCUCUCAUCAGCAUUGUGGUAAAUUAUAGAAUGUACAUUUUCACUGUUACCAUAGCAACUUUAUUAAUAGAUAUUUACUCAAGGAAUAAUAUGGGUUUGUAGACGUCUGCAAAAUGCAGUACAAUAAGACUUGGCAUGAUCACAGAAUCUUUUAAUAUCAAACGAUGUAUUGUAGACAGUUAAACAUUCUACAUAAUCUUUUGCUGCACUUAAAAUGAUAGCUUUGGCAAAUGCAGUUUUAAAUCUUUCGAUGUUUAGUUCUAUAUAUAUAUUUUUUAAGCUAAUGCCAUCUGUAUUAUGACUGUGCACAGUUCUUGUGGUUAAUAUUGAUGUAUUAAUAUAGUUUCAAGGUUUUUUUUUUUAAUCUUGCAGAGCAAUGCAACUCAUUUCAUUUCCCAAUUAUACUGUUUUAUAUUAUAUUUUGAUUUUUAUAUUCUAGCUUCUGAUAUUAUUAACAUAUUUUUGAAAUUGUAUUUUGUUCUUAGACUUCAAUCAGAACUUUGAAUAAGAUAAGAACAACAGUUUUCAAAUCAACUUAGAAGUAAUGCCACCACCCUUGCAAUGCAUUGCUCUCAUACCAUGUAUUUGACUUUGACAUCAUUAAAAAAAUUGAUAUUCCUCUUCCUCAUCAUCAUGUCCUAUUGUUUUGACAAUUCAAUCAUAGACUUAGGUACCAACAAAUAUGUGAUCAAGUCAAAUGUUACAAUAUUCUUUGACUUAACUUUUUUUGCAAAUCCCCUCCAAAAUUAAGGCAACAAAAUGUAUAUUAUAUUCCAUAUUUUCUCAAGAUAAAAAUAAUAAUAGAACAAAUUUGCAGAAUUGUAGUCCUUGUCUAUACCCCUAAAUAAACUCAAGGUUAGUGAUUGGUUGCACAGUUGAUUUGUAAAAUUAAUUGUACAUGUGGAUCACUGCAAUCAAUUGACAAACAAUUGCAAAGUUUUUUGUUAUGGGACUGUACCUGUAUAUUCAAGUGCAUGGAAUAACCCUUUAAAAUGGGACAGAGGAAUAACCUGCUAUUUAAUGCAUGUAAACCAUAAUCUUAUGGGAAGAGGUAUAAUGCUGUAUAUUCUUCAGCUGCAUAACGUAUUGUUGGAACUUAAAACAGAGCUUAUGUGGCUAUUUAAAUUAAUUUCAGUGUCUCGUGUAAAGUUAUGAAUAUGCAAAAACCUGAGGAAACAUUGAGCAUUUGAUUCAUAUUUCAUAGGGAAAAAAAACUGCCAUUUUUUUUUUAUAGAUUUGUCUAUGGUGUAUAUCAGAACAGAUGCUCAUAAUUUUAAUUUCUAAAUCUUGGCAACACUGUCCAAUAGUGAUGUUGGUAGGUCCUUCAUCAUUUCUGCAUUCAUACCAUGUCAUUUUGCUAUCAUAACCAUAUGUCAUACCAAUUCUUUAUUUUGAAAUUAUUUCUUGUAUGUGGAAAAUGUCUUUCUUGCUGUGAUUAUGAUAAUGUAAUUGUAUGACAUAAAACUUAUCCCCAAAUAUUGUGCUACUUUUAGAAAAAUGGUGUAGAGACUAUAACCUUGGUUUUGUUUAAAUAUGCAGCAUGAAGUUUACACUAAACAUUGUAAAGUCUGAUUACAUUUAGAAUUUAUUUUUUUCAAAUUAAACCUAUUACAAAAGAUCAGUUCACACAUUGCAAGAUUAAAAGCUACAAAACUACACUAAAUUGGUUGACUUUGUCAUCAUCACCAAUAUCCAAUUCUAAAUAUCAUAUUCCAUUACUUCCUUUCAUUUCUUUACCGGGCAUCCAUAUCUUUCAUAUAUGAUGUGUAUUUCCAUUCCUACAUUCCCCAAAUCCUCAACAUUCUUAUCACAUCUUAUGAUUUUUUUUAAGUCUUUCAAGAUUUCUAUUGUAAUAUUUGAAUGCCAAUUGACUGAAUGGGACUUUUGUCUGCAUUGACAAUGUUUAUUUGCAGGCAUUCCAUUUUUAAAUGUCUGUUUGAAGAUACCAUGUAUUUUUACCCUCUCAGAUAUCAGCAAAAAAAAGUUAGAUUAGCAUCCUAACCCUUAAAACAAGAAAAUUACAGCUACUUAUUGAUUUUAAACAGUCAAUGAGAAGUAUUUUAGAAUGUAGAAUAUUAAAGUGAUGUGAGAGUAGACACAGGCAAUAUGGCCUUGCUUAGAUAUUCUUCAAAAUUCAAUACAUAAUUUUUUCUUAUAGCUUGAAAAGCCUUGUCGAUGCCCUAUGCUCUUUCUGUAUAGUUAUGCUGUAAUUAUUAAUGGUCUCAAAAUAGCCUAAGCCUACGUGCCUCUUAGGUUGAAUAUCCAAUAUAGGAAAGAAUAAUCAAGGUUGGUCUUGGUGUCUUAUUCAUGCUGCUAUCAUAUGUCUGUAUGUAUUACAAAAUUGCUUACGUGGCAAGAUGCAGUGUUCAUCAUUUGGUGCAAACAAAAAAUGCAUUGAACCUUGGAGAAAUUAGGCUUUCAUAUCAAGGUUUUUAGUUUAUUUGAUUUCUCACUCUUUCUCUAUAUAUAUAUCUCUCUCCUCUUUUCUCUCUCCCUUCCUCCUCUCUCUCUCUCUCUCUCUCUCUCUCUGUCUGUCUCUCCUUUUCUCCUUCUGUCUCUUUCCCCUCUCUCUUUCAACAGGGCUGAAUGAGAACCAUCUAUGGUCUGUUUUUGCAAUCACUCUUAAAUUUGCAUGGUUUCGCCAGUAGGAUGGCAUAUAAUUGUAUAAAUCAUGAAUGCAUAAUGCUGCAACAUGCAUUUAUAACAGGAUCACUUGGUAUCCAGCAACAGUGCAUGAUAUGCAGAAUAAAUGUUUUUCACCUAUGUGCCAAAAUAAGAUAUAAACUUUAUUUUCUUCAUAUUUUGAGUUGUAAAUUUUGGCCACCUGUGACGUGAAAUAUUUGUUUUGGAAGUGAACUCCAAAGUUAAGCAAAAGUAAGAUCUCAAAUUAAAAAAGAAAAGUGUAAUCACUGUCAUGUAUUAUAUUGGAGAACAAAAAACUUUGAAUUCAAUUAUAUGUCAUUUAGAAUGGCCAAACCAAAUAGAACAGUAGAUAAUCCACAUAUAAUAACAAGUUUUGCUUGUUUCUUUAAAAUAUCAGAAGUUUUAAGACAUCUCAUUGAAGUGUAUAUCCCUUGGUGAGUAUGCAUGCAAUUUCUUUUAUUUUAAACUUCUUAUUCAGGUGUUGAGGAACAAAAUCAGAAAGUUGAUUUAUCUUUACUCUGGUAUGGAUAAUGCAUUCCUUUUCCCUCAAAAUCAGUGGCAUUUCUGAUGAAAUAAAAGUUCAUCUGUCUAUUAUAUUUCAUUGAUUCAAAGAUUGAUAGAUUUGGGGGGUUAUACAGUAAUCUAUAAUGUAUUAUAUCAUUCUGUUAUUCUCAUUUAUUAGACAGAUAUUUUCUAGAAUGCUCAUUAAUGCACAUAAUCAUUUGUUUGUGUGUGUACCAAGCUAAAUAAUGCUUUCUAUAGCAUCUCUUUGAAGUAGUGUCUUUUAUAUCGAACAUGCCUUAUCACUCACUUGCUGUUCUUAGUGUAGUUUUUAUAUAGAAAAGUUAAUUUUUGUUCAACACGUUAACAGCAAGGGAAGUGUCACAUAGGAAAUGAUUUUCAUGUGUAUUUAUCAUGUUUAUAUCGAAAUAUAUAUAUAUAUAGUUAUGGAGAUAUGUUACACUAUUAUUAUCACACAUUGAAAAAAGGAAAGAAAAUGAUGCCUUGUUACACAAAGUGUUCUAAUUGAUUUAAGUAUGUAUAUUUCUUUCCAUCACUUUGUUUUCUUGGUAUUCCUUUUAUUUUCUUUUGAUAAUAUUAAUAUUGGUUCUGAAAUGGGAAUUAAAAUGUGUUUUUGUAUCCAUAACCACAAACAAUGGUCAUGCCAAUAAAGAAUACAUUUAAAAAAAGAAGGAAAAAACAUGCAAAUAACAA